CAGGAGAAGAGCUUCUGGCAGACUCAGAUGGACAUCCUGGUGAAGAACGCUGCGGAGUCGUCAGCGAGUCCAGGCGGCAAACCUUGUCGAUAUGGCACAGCCUGCUCUCGGCCCGGCUGCCGCUUCAAACAUCCCGACCAAAGAACAGGUGGAGGUGGCAACUCCUCUAGCCCCAGUCAUCUAUACUACUCCCACUCCUGGCUGCCACAGCACAUACAGGUCGACCUGCGGGCCAACGGGCAGGUCAACAUCACCAAGCUGGACAGACCUGAUGACACCGUACCCUCAGACAAGGAGACUUACCUGCAGACAGAAGUGUACGACUUGUGCGCAGUCGUCUGUUACGUCCACGAGGAACGCAGAAACCUAGUGGGGAUCAUGAACGUAGGACCUGGUUACCAUCAACGGACCUCGGGAACUACCGUUUCCCAGUGGUACAUCUUCAAUGACUUCAGCAUCAGCCCAGUCGCCAGUCAGGAGGCUGUGUGGUUCUCGCUGGACUGGAAGGUACCCUGCGUGCUGUACUGGAUGAACCACCAGAGCAGCUCUCACGUGUUGCCGACACCUACUCUGGACCUGCCUGUGGAUAUCUUGGCCGCAGAGACAUGUCUGGCCACGUCUGGCCGCGGUAUUACCUACACUCCUCUUAGCCUGGAUGAGACCCCUGGCCCAGGAGAUCUGGUUGCCAUGGAUGCAGAAUUUGUGACCCUCAACCAGGAAGAAUCGGAGCUACGCAGCGAUGGCAAGAUGGCAACCAUCAAACCCUCCCACAAGUCCGUGGCACGGAUCUCCUGUAUACGCGGUCAAGGAGCGCAGAAAGGAGUGCCAUUCAUCGACGACUACAUCUCUACGCAAGAGCAGGUGGUGGACUAUUUGACCAAGUUCAGUGGUAUCAAGCCGGGCGAUCUGGAUGCCAAUUAUAGCUCUAAGCACCUCACUACUCUCAAAUCCACCUACCUCAAGCUGCGCUACCUUGUCGACAUUGGGGUCACCUUUGUAGGGCACGGGCUGCGCAAUGAUUUCAGGGUCAUCAAUCUGGUAGUGCCACCUGAGCAAGUGAAGGAUACUGUCCAUCUGUUCCAUCUACCACACCAGAGGAUGGUGUCCCUCCGGUUUCUUUCCUGGCACUUUCUAGAUAAAAAGAUCCAGUCGGAAACACACGACUCGAUUGAGGACGCCCGGGCAGCGCUGCUGUUGUACGAGAAGUACCAGGAGUUGGAGGCGAAGAACAUCGUGAGACAAACGCUAGAGGAGAUGUACAAGCAGGGCAUCGCGACACAGUGGAAGGUGCCAGAGGAUUAAAGGAAGUCACCUCGAACAACGAUUAGUCAGAGUUUCUUAUGUGCAAAGAAAUGUGAUAUUAUGUUUACUCACCUGACACUAGGUGCUGAAAUCGUGCAAUACCCUAAAGUAAGAAUGAUGUUGUCAGUUGGUAAAUAUGUAAUAGGAUAAAUGGUUGGACAUGCCAAACCAGAGUAAAUAACCAGCAAGAAUGA